AUGCCGCCAACGACCUCAGCAUAUUCUACGAGACCACCUAGCAACGAUUCCUCAUCAAACACGCAUGAUGGGGCCCCCAAAGAGACAUCGAAAGUGGACGCCGUGUCCAACGCCCUCUCGACCACGCCCGACUCCGAGAACAACCUCGUAACGCCCGUGUACAUGCCCGAAGACCCGAACGCCGUCCUAAAGCAGACACACCCCGCCAUGCGUCUUCUGGACAACUCGUCUCUUAUAGUACAACGGCAGCUGGAAAUGAUGAACGUGCUCAUGGGCUUCGAGCAAGCGAACCGCUACGUUAUCAUGGACCCGCACGGUAAUCAUAUUGGAUAUCUCGCCGAGCAAGACCAUGGCAUAGGGAACGCCAUGGCGAGACAGAUGUUCAAGACGCACCGCAGCUUCACGACUCACGUCUUUGACCGGGACGAAAAGGAAAUACUAAGGUUUCAUAGACCUUUCAGCUGGAUCAACUCGAGAAUACGCGUGUAUGAUGCGGUAGGGCCCGAUGAGAGCACCUAUACCAGCUCGGCAAGUCUGCAAGGCACGAGUGUCAAAAGCAUAGCCAACCAAACGAGCGCAAAUGUCUCAACUUUGGCACUCCAAGACAUGAGGAUUAUCGGAGCUUCGGAACAGGAGUGGGCACCAUUACGAAGGAAGUACAACCUGUAUCUCGCAAGGAAUCUCGAGGACGCCGCCGCAGGACCAGACGCGCCCCAACUGUCCUCUGGUGACCUGCCAAUCUCAGACUCUAAAGCCGUGGCAGUAGCAGAAGGCGAUACCCGAGAAGUGGGCAUGCUCCAGUUUGCCAGGGUUGACGAACCCUUUUUGUCCUGGGACUUCAGCUUGAUGUCUGAAGACGGGCGGCUAGCGGGCUCUGUUAACCGCAACUUCGGAGGCUUCGCGCGCGAAAUAUUCACUGAUACGGGUGUUUAUGCGUUGAGAAUGGACGCUGCCGGGCUGGCAAGUGAGCCGUCAGGCAUGGUUUCCAAAACUGGUGAGCAGAGCCGACCAUCACUAGAAGACUACCCUGGCAUGACCCUUGAUCAACGCGCCGUAAUGCUUGCUACGGCUGUUAGCAUCGACUUUGACUAUUUCAGUCGACAUAGUGGUUCUGGUGGCAUGUGGCCAAUGUGGAUGCCAUGGGUAGGUGGCAGUGGUGAAGCCGCGGGAGGUGCUGCAGCUGGUGAAGCGGGUGCUGCCGGUGCUGGGGCCGUAGGUGCUGCUGGCGAAAGCGGUAUUGCAGGUGAGGUGGGCACUGCAGCGCGCGGACUGGGAGCUGGAGAGGGUGCUGCGACAGGUGCAGCUACAAUGGCGGGCUACGAAGCUAUGCAAAGAGGGCGAGAAGCCAGGCAACAAGAUGACGAUGCUUCCCCACAAGCGACCGAUCCGUAUCAGCCCAACCCCGAUCAACAGCCAGGCACAGGCCAAGUCGGUGAAGAUGUCUGGGGCGAAGAUCCUGGCGUCGGAUCUCGGGGUCAAGAUCAGGACUUCUGGGGUGGGCAGGGUGGACAGGGUGGACAGGGUGGUGGCGAUGCUGGAGACGGUGGUGAUGGUGGUGGGUUUAGCUGGGGUGACUUUUUCGAAGAGCUUAUCUUGGUACCGGAGCAUACCAUUCAGUCUUUGAUUGAUGAGGUGGACAAGCCCGACAACUCAGUCAGUAACGCAGCGAGAAUGCCGCAGACAUCGGACUUCUACAGGUAUAGAGAACUGGACGGAUCAAAGCAGCAGAUCCGUCACGCAAGAUUGUUGCGAUCUCAACCUGUGGCCGAUACGCUAUACAAACGCGACUUCAUUUACUGCGAACUUGAGAUGUUCGACAUCAACACUGCACCCGAGUUCAUCGCUCUGUCAUACACUUGGGGUGGACCAUCAGAUAAUAGGUAUAUCGUUAUCGAUAACAAGCUGCUCGCUGUUAGAAUAAACUUGUUCGAUUUCCUUUCCGCCUUUCGCUCAGACGAAGCCAAUACCCAGUACCUCUGGAUCGAUCAGAACGCAAUCAUCAAGUUCGCCUAA